GAAAUAAAAAUAGUUCACUUAUUUAAAUCAGAUAAAGAGACAAUAAAGUAUAAAUAAAUACUAGUAAAUAAAAAAAUUAUACUAAUUCUACAACAUUAAGAAAGUGUUAAUUAUAUAUACCAAUUUCUAAUAAAAAAAAUGAAUUGUAUGAUACCACCUAUAUGACAUGUCUGAGACGUAUAAUAUUAAGCGAUAUACGUGCCUCCAAUCACCACGUGUCUACAAACGUAGAUUUCACCUAAGUGAGCUAAUUCACCUAAAAAUAUCUACAAAUACGUGUACCGAACAAACUGCCUGUCUAUCGAAUAUUUUAACGAGCAAACGACGAUGGACUUUUCACAAUAUCGGAAAAUAUUGGUUUACAUUUUGACAUUUCUCGCUUAUGCGUGGUCGGGUUAUGGUGCUGGAUUGUUGGGAAAUCUACGAGAUGCUGUAUUAACGGCCGAAUCAAUAUUUGAAGAUCUUCUUGAAAAUGCCGUAACCGUAGCGAAAAAAAUUAAGGAUAUUCAUGAAGUAUUUGAUGCCGCUGUCGAAGAAAAUUGUAUCUUCCAUUGUCCCGCAGGAGUUACACCAAAAGCGAAUUGGAAUCACAAACCACAAAGUAACGGAUGUGGUUCGUUGGGAAUAGAGAUAAACCAAGAGUAUUUACCUUUAGCAGAAAUGACCAAGUGUUGCGACCAACACGACAUCUGUUACGAUACAUGUAAUUCAGAUAAAGACAAGUGUGAUUUAGAAUUUAAAAGAUGUCUAUACAAAUAUUGUGAAGGGUAUCAAACUUCUGGAAUAACUAUUGUGAAUACCUGCAAAACAGCCGCGAAAAUGUUAUUUACAGGUACUACAGCCUUAGGAUGUAAGAGUUAUAUGGAUGCUCAAAAAAAUGCUUGCUAUUGCGGAGAUAAAUGGAGUAAAAAUAAAAAACCUAAAAGGGCUGCACAGGCUGGUGGAGAAUUGUGAUUCACAUAUAUGUAAUAAUAAUGCAUAAUUUAUAUAAUUUCUAUAUUCCCUUACCUCUGACCUUUGUAUAUAAUCCAUUUGUGAGGGUAUAUAAAAUAUUUUAUAUUUAAAAUAAAAACGUUACACUAUUAUACAUAUAUAUAAUUAAGUUAAAU